AUGACAAAUCCAAGUGUCUUAGACCUUACUUUAGCCACAGAUUCAGUAUCUCCCUAUAUCACUGAUUGGCAAGUCCUCCCGGAUCUUGGAUCAGAUCACUUAAGCAUUCUCUUUGAAGUAAAGGGCACUUUAUCCCGUACAACGAAUAUAGCUCAGCCAGCAAGAUUCAAUACAAAACUUGCGGAUUGGGAAAAAUUCGCGAAUACCCUCAAAUCGAAAAUAUCGAUAUCAACUACCUUAAAUUCGAGUGAAUACCUUAAUAUCACUACCUCAGAAUCCAACUCUCUUGAUUCCCUUCUCGACAAGAGCCAAUACAUACAAGUAUUGGAUGAAGCUGCAAAAGAAUUCACCCGAAUAAUCACUUAUUCGGCUGAAACCAGUAUACCGAGAAUCAAGUCCACAAAAAGAGCUAAACCGUGGUGGUCCCCAGAGCUGAAAGCCCUUCGAAAACGACUCUCUAAUGCAUUUGAGAACGCCAAGAUUUACCCGGAAGACGAUAUGUUCAAGAAAAUCUACCAGUCAGCCAGGAAUCAUUACUUCCAAGCUAUUAAAACAGCAAAGAAAAACCAUUGGAAUGAGUUCCUUGAAAAAGAGGAUACCCAAUCCAUAUUCAAGGCAAUGUCAUACACAAAAGAUAUACAAACCGAACGAAUCCCGAAUAUUCGAUCCAAUCCCUCUAAACUAGAAAAUUCUUUCGAGGGAAAAUGCUCUGCAUUUAGAUCGACCCUAUUUCCUCCUCCUCCAUUCACCUCACCGCCCAAUUGGGAAAGCUAUAAACAAUCUAAGAAAUGGGAAUGGCCUGACCUUACAGAGAGCGAACUCCUAAACGCGUGCUCUGCAAAAAUCAAAGGAAAGACCCCUGGCCCCGAUGGGAUCACUCAAGACAUCAUUAUUCAAGCGUACAAAGCAAUACCAAAAGCAUUCUUCACCCUCUUCAGUCAUCUUAUCAACCUUGGUUACCAUCCUUCUUGCUGGAAACAAGCCACUGGAGCGAUACUCAAGAAACCUUCAAAACCAGACUACUCGGCCCCAAAAGCUUAUAGAGUUAUCGCCCUGCUAAAUUGCCUUGGCAAGAUAAGUGAAAGAAUUCUGGCUCAAAGGCUUAGCUACUUAGCGGAGACUACGCAAUUACUUCAUUACUCUCAAAUGGGUGGAAGACAAAAGAAAUCAGCCAUCGAUACAGCAAUCUUACUCACUACCGAAAUCGAAAGAAAUUCAAGAUCCAAGAAGAAAACCUCAACUCUCUUCCUGGAUGUUAAAGGCGCCUUUGAUCAUGUAUCUAUGAACAAAUUAUUAGAUAUCUGCAAGAAUCUAAACCUCCCAACCAGCCUAAUCGCCUGGAUCUCAUCUUUUUUGAAGGAAAGGCUACUCAAGCUCUCAUUCGAUGGCCAAAUUGAAACUGAGGCUCCCACCAUGCCGCUGGUGAUGCGCGCCCCCGGCGCGCCGAGCGGCUCCCCAACCCAAGAGGCGACCCCCCCUCAAUCAAGCACCAUUACCCCAGGGGCAAGCAUUGCCCCCCCACCAAUUAUAAGAUCACUUACAGGCCCUGCCCUCGGCGUAAUCAAGGAUCGAUUCGAAAGGAUCGACAAGACAGAGAGAGAAAAGCGGGAGGUGAUCGAGGCGUUCGCAGUAUUAGCGGAUAAGCUUGCACAAGGCUUCCAGGGUCAACAACGUAAACUCGCUGUGAAUAUUAAAGGAACGAUCAUCUCCACACUGCUGGGAGUAACAAAGGCUACUUCUGAUCGAUGGACAGGGCUCACAACAGAGCAUUCACGGCCAGAAAGUAACACACAGAAGACCUACACUGAUGCGCUGAAAACUCGGACAGUGCCUGAGGCAGAAAGACCCACUACGGUUCCCACCAUCACAGUGCGCACUGCCCCUACUGGAGGCACGAACACUGAGCGUACAGAAGCACGCAGACUCAAGAGGGAGAAGGAUCGGAUCGAGAAAACGAUCCUUAUAAUAGCCAAUGGGGAAGCUCUGCUCUCAGCGGGAAACCCCUUCCUACUAAGACUCAGAAUAAAAGAAGCAGUCGCUGGACUCACAUUAGCAGAGAUUCCCUUCCUUCAAAGAAAUAAUACAGGCUGGACUCUACGAUGCAGCUCUAGCGCUAGCCGGGAGGAGAUCAUGAAAGCAGAUAACGCUGAGCGGGUCCUUAAGACCCUCCAUGCAACAAGCAUGCGCAGAUUAGAGAAGUGGUUCAUGUAUGCAGUUCCACAAGUACCUCACGACUUUUAUCAUAUCGAAGGAGCCCCUGCUCCCAUGCCCACUGAGCUUAUCAAAGAGGAGAUCAUAGCUCAGACCGGCAAGCAGCCGGUCAACUACCGAUUGGCGCGUAGCGGGGUUAACCCGAUCACUAAAAGAGCCACCUGGAUCAUUGGCUUCAAUACCGCAGUAUCGCGGUUCCGACUAUUCAAUAGCAGCUCCUACUCGGCUCUCCUAGACAAACCCCGGGAAAUUCAACUGCACAGUACUGGCUGCCAAGGGUACUGCAACCCCUUCACCUGCAACAGAGCCUCACGAUGCUCGACAUGCGGUAAACUAAACACUGAGCAUGAGGGUGCACUCGUACAUCAACAAUGUACUAGAGCAGCUCAAUGCGCCAAUUGCCACGGACCCUUCCGCGCUGGCCACUCCAACUGCCCAGCUGCCCCUAGGGUCUAUGCUAAACGACGGAUUAUUCUGACUGCAAAGGAACUGGCUGCAGUCAGAGCUGUUGGCAGAAGAGACUAUAAGACGCUGCACAGAGCAGAUGCAGACGAGGCAGAACAUGCCCCUGAAUCACCUCUGCCUCCUAUAGUAACACUCGCAGAAACCCCGAUCACCCCGGGGGCGAGGAUCACAGCAUAUGAGAAUGAGCGCCUCAGCAAGCGCCCACGCAGGCUCAGUACAAGUCUGCCGAUCGCACCAACCGUAUUACGCACACGCUCAGCUCGCAACCAGAGCCAACGGAAUCUCAAUAUAGAAGCGCUAGCAGAGAAAGCCUUCACUCCAAUAGACCUGGAUAUGAUCGAUACAGAAAACUCUAUAACAGUUGACACUGCACUUAGACCUUCUCUAUGA